GAAAUGAGGGCGCGGAUGAAGGCGGCCGUGCCGACUGAUGUGAGCCGCCGCCGUGGAGAGCUGCUUUAUUCAGGUGGCCGGCUCCUCUCCCGCCGGAGCGCCGCUCUGGACACUUCCUCUUCUUCUCCCGUUUCCUCUUUUUCAUUCAUAACUUUGAUUGAUGAAGACACUUUCUGGAUGAAGCCUCUCCUUUGAAGCCUUAACUCCGCCUUGCAGACUGUCCCAACAGUCUUUAGCGAGUGUGUUGGAGAGAGGAAGACCCAGUUCUGCAGCUGAGAGAAUGUUCCUGUGGGCUGGAACUAAAGGAGUGCAGGGACCAGGAAAUCAAAGAAGAACCAUUUAUCAGAAGAUCAGGGAGUAUGACGUCCUGGACAAGAGGAAGACAGUAACCGCUCUGAAGGCAGGCGAGGACAGAGCCGUCCUGCUGGGGCUAAGCAUGGUCCUGUUCUCUGCUGUCACCUACUUCAUCUUGGGCAUCACCAUGGUGCGCGCCUACAGGGACAGUGUGUGGACAGAGGAGUCGAGCUGUACAGUACUGAACUCCAGUAUUAUAGCGGAGAUCAACUGUAGUUACAGUUGCGGUGCAGAGUGUAGGAGGAGCUCCAGGUACCCCUGUCUGCAGGUCUUCAUCAGCGUGAACUCCUCUGGCCGCGUCCUGCAGCUCUCCCACAACGAGGAGGCUCAAGAGGCCAACCCCGAGUGCUUCUACAUCCCCAAGUGCCGCAAGGAGUACUCCGUGUCACACGCCCUGGUGACGGACAUCUCUGAGCGGCUGAAGGCAUACGGUCAGGUACCCUGCUACUGUGACCCCACAGGACAGCAGGACAGCGCGCUGCUCACACGUCUCUAUGGUCGCAGAGCUGUCCUGUCCUCAUUGCUCUGGCCCACGUGCACGCUCGUGAUGGGCACGCUCAUUGUCGCCAUGGUGAAACUCACACAGUACCUCUCCAUUCUCUGUGAGCAGAUUAGCCGUAUCAAAAGGACUGGUCUCCCUCCGCGUGCAGGGACCUUACACUCCGUGGACGGGACGAAGUUUAACAGGCUAAUUCUGGACCGGCUCUGAACGCAGCCAUGGAAACACUAAAGGUCAAAGGUGGAAAGACUCUUCUGCUCAACCCUGUUUCCUACACUUCCAUAAGAACCAUCAAGCUCACGAGUCCGCGCCACCUCGUGUGCUCCGCUUCUGAGCCCCUGUUCAUUUAAGCCAUCACUCCACACUGUAGUGGCAAGCAUGAGGCUUUGGUGUCAGAUGGUGUGACCCCCUUCUCUGGCCCCUUCUCUGACUGACCCACCGGCACCUCAGCGGCAGACACUGGGAGUCUCACAGCAGAAGAACACAUCUGCUCCAGCUCCUGGGAAUGUGAGUUUCCAAGCCGCCAUGUUGCGGAGCAUCCUUCUGUUUCCCAGCCCUAUCUAAGAAACUGCCACCGCGACGGGUCUCCAGAAGAGCCAACCUCGACGUUUUCACAUCCUACACUUCUGGAGAAGUCCCCAGGCAACGUGAGCGCACGCGCUCAGAACUCUCUGAGGAGGAAUAACUGCAGUGCCCAUAAAAGGAUGAUGGACGAUGGAGUUGAUAAGUGACCCAAAGCACAACGACCUCACUGAACUUGCAUAUGUGCGCAACCGAGCGAUCAUUUCCGUGCACCAUGUGAACAUAAUCGAUGACGUACUCCCCCAUUCAAUAUCACUCACUGCUUGAUUUGCGAUUACAAUGGCCAUUUAUUUCCAAAAGAAGAAAAAUUCCACUCAUGUUGACAAAUGUUUGUUGUUUGUUUAGAAAUCUAAAGCUUAAAGUACCCCUGCAUAAUUAGUACAGAGUAAUGGAUUCUACACUUUAUUCUUGAUGACUUUUUGUUUCAAAUUCUUCUUUUUAUAGGUUUUAUAGGAUCUCAGAAAGAAAACGAUGAAUAUAAUAAAUAUAAAUAAAUAAACAUAACACAGA